UCCCUACGGGCGGCAAAACGUGCACGAUCUCUCGUCCCUGGUCAGUUUUUCGCGAAUUCUCUCCCGGCAACAGAGGACUUUCAUCUGGUUUUGGAUUGGACUCACAUAAAGCAGCAACGAUGGAGCAAGCUAUGAUAGAAAUUAUCAAUGGGCUCCUGUGCACCGACACAGACAAAAUUCGCGCGUCGACGGCCGCCUUGAUGAAGGCCUAUGAGACACCAGAGAGUCUGCUUUGUCUGGUUCACGUUGUAAACACCAACAAGGAGACCCAGAUACGCCACUAUGCAGCCGUGCUCCUGAACAAGCGCCUCUCGAAGCUGCGCCAGUGGUUGACGGUUCCCGCUGAGCACAAAGCCGCCAUCAAGCGGGACAUGCUGCAGGCCCUCGUCGCGGAGGAGGAGAAGAGCGUGAGGAACGCUGUGGCCCAGUUUGUGGCCACUUUGGUGAAGCAUGAGGCGGACAAGACUGGCUCUUGGAUGCCCGAACUGCUCAACUACAUCUUCGAGCGCUGCAGCAGUGCUGAUCCCAAGGAGAGUGAACGGGGCUCCUCGACCUAUGCCACGCUAACGGCCGCUGCACCAGAUCAGUUCAGCGUCCACAUGGAAACCAUUUGCCAGUUGUUCUCCAACGUUCUUUUGGCUGCAGAGACUCAGGGCGACCUGACCACAUCCACCGUGUCCAACAUGAUAACGGGUACCAGCUAUUUGCUGCCAUUUAUUGCGGGUAAUACUGCCACCGAGCAGACGGUAGUCAAGGUCUUGCCGCUCGUCACCAAAGCCCUGCAAGCGAUCGCCCUGAAGGGUAACCCCGAGCGGUUUCUUGCCGUCUUUGAUAUAUUCGACAGCAUGGUCCAAUAUGUUCCCCAUCUGCUCACCAACGUAAAGCUGGUGCUGGAGUUCUGUUUGAUGACGGCGAGCAAUAGACAGAUUGAGGAUGGCAUUCGCGUUCCGGUGAUUGCCUUCCUCGGGAGUCUGGUUCACACCAAAAAGAAGGCUAUUGUUAAGCAGAAGCUGCUGGAGCCCACCCUGGCCGUUAUCUUUGAGAUAAUGUGCACCGAGACUGAUCCCGAUGACGAUGAGGAUUACUUCGUAGACGAGAGCUCCAACCGUCCGCUGACGGCAGCUAUGCAGACGCUUGACCUGCUGGCCAUUCACAUGCCGCCGGAGAAGCUAAUUGCACCACUGCUGCAGCUGCUGGAGCCGGCCUUGCAGAAUCCAGACCCGAUGCGCAGGAGCGCCGCCUACCACAGCAUGGGCAUGAUAGCCGAAGGCUGCUCAGAGACCAUAAGCCACAAGUAUCUGAAGGUAAUGCUGAAUAUCAUCAAGAGCGGCAUCGUUGACAGUGCGCCCGAGGUGCGUGUGGCGGCAUUCUUUGCCCUCGGACAGUUCUCCGAGUACUUGCAGCCGGAAAUUGCCAAGUAUGCACCGCUGAUUUUGCCAGUGUUAUUUGACUAUUUGCACCAGCUGGUAGUGGAACUAAGGGGUGGACAGCCGGAGCCAAAGAGUGUCAGUCGCAUGUUUUAUGCUUUGGACACCUUUUGUGAAAAUCUAGGAGAGGAAAUUGUUCCCCAUUUGCCCAUUUUGAUGGAACGCCUCUUCGAGAUACUGGACCCCAAGAAUUCAGCAAAGAUUCGGGAAUACGCAUUGUGCAGCGUUUCCAGUGCAUCCGAGGCAGCAAAGGAGCACCUGGCGCCAUACUUUCCAAGAAUAUUCGAGAUUCUAAAGACAUUUCUGCUUAAGGAUGUCUCAGAGGAGAUGGCACCGCUGCGGCUGCAGGCCAUCGAUACCCUAGCUUCGAUUACCCGCGUCUUGGGAAAGGAACACUUCCUGCCGUUGGCCAAUGACACAAAGAACUACUGUCUGAUGAUGCUGGAGGAGGGGCCUAACGAUCCGGACUUCCGUCGCGCUAUUUACGGUCUGAUCGGCGCUCUUUCUUUCGUGGUUAACGAGGGCAUGGCCGAAGUAUUCCCCCAGGUCAUACCACGGCUUAUUCAAACUGUGAUUUCCACCGAAGAAGUUGAACUGUGUCUGCCCGACAAACCAGAACGGGAUUUAAUUAUUGAGGCGGCCAGCGCCGAUGAUGAAAUUGAUCUUGAGAAUACCGACGACGAGGACGAUGACGAACUGGAUGGUUACCAGGUGGAAAAUGAUUUUAUUGUUGAGAAGGAGGUGGCCAUUUCCACGCUCCGUGACUUUGCCGCCGAGACUGGUGCCGCCUUUGCCCCCUAUCUUCAGACAGCCUUUGAGAAUGUUUACAAGACACUUGACCAUGCCGCCGAUGACAUACGGACAGCAUCCGCCACCGCCCUCUGCGAGUUUGUGGCUGCUCUCAACAGGUCGGGUGACACGGCCGGUGUAACUCGCGCCUGCGAAAUUUUGAUACCAAAGUUCUCAGCAAUGAUGCGCAACGAUGAGUCCGAGGAGGUGCUCGUCCAUCUGCUCGAUGAAGUGGGUCAACUUUUCAGGACCAACAAGCAGCCGGCCAUGCCGAACCAGGAGUGUGCCGAACUGAUCUACGGCUGCAUCAGGGACUCGUUCCAACACAAAAUGACCUGCCAGUUUAAUGACCAAAGCGGCGGCGGCGGCGACGACGAUGAUUCGGAGGAAGAAAGCGAGCAUGCCGAUAUGAUUUUGGAGAAUGCCGCCAAUCUGGUGGCCUCGUUUGGCUUUGCCCUUGACCCGCAGACAUUCUCGCUAUACUUUGGCCGUCUAUACCACUUCUUGGCCCAAAAACUGGCCAAGGCCAAGAAGAACGAUCAGCCGGAGCACAGGGCGUACAUUUACGGAACUCUGGCGGAUUCCUUCCAGAGCCUGGGCAGCUGUUCCGCCACAUAUUUUGACACUGUCUGUCCCCUGUUCCUCACCGGGGCCAACGAUACCGAUCCCAAAUCCCGCCAGAACUCAUACUACGCCCUCGGGGAGUUGGUGAUGCAUUCCGAAGAGAAGUCAUUUGAGUCAUAUCCAACGAUCUUGCAAACCCUUUCCGAUGCCAUCGCCAGGGAGACGGCUCCCUCGGCUUUGGACAACAUUUGCGGAGCUGUGGCGCGCCUGAUUCUGACCAAUGUUCAGGCUGUGCCGCUGAUUGCCGUUUUGCCAGUGUUUCUCUCCCACCUGCCACUGCGCGAGGAUUUCGAGGAAUACGACGCUGUGCUGAAAACGUUUCACCUGCUUUACACCCAGGCUGCGCCCAGCAUUGUGGAUCAUAUCGAGCAAAUGCUGUACGUCAUUCUUCAGGCUCUGCAGCUGAAGCAAAUAACCGACAAGGAUGUCAUCAAUAACGCCGUGGAAUUCGUCAAGGUGGUGCGAGCCCACCAUCCGGACAAGUUCAAUAAUGUGGCCAACUCGAACCCAGAGAUGUGCCAGUUUGUGCAGAGCCUGUAAGCCAAGAACCACCUGUAGCAUUCACAACACACUCAACUCUAGUUCGAUUAAUGCAUGCGCAUCCUUUUUCAAAAUUGAGAGUUGGGUUUGUUUUCUAUGAAAUGUUUUUUAAUUUGUAACUCACCCAGUGGAACCUAUGGUUAUAUGAUUAUGGUCUGAAAUCAAUAAAAUAAAGAAAACGAAAAAAA